AAUGCUCAAAGCCUAAAGAGCGCUUAACAGACGGAGCUUUUUAAUCGAACAGACAAGGUAUGUGGAAGUUGGAACCGACCCUGCUAGGUAAACAGCAAAAAUGAAAUCGUUUACCCGAGAAGUACGGCCGUUGUACUGCUCAAAGUUUAGAAUUGGACGAAUGAAAAAUUCAACUUUUGCAUACAGACUAGACAAUCUCUGCCUUCAUUCAACUUAAAAUGAGUUGACAAGAGUAAUUAAAGAUGACAAGUGGUAUGAUGUCCUUCCUACAUACACUUAGGCGAGAAGCUCACAAAUAUUUCUUCGGGAAGGUGAAAUUUCCUUUAUCUUUGUACUUGAAUUUCUUCGAAGUUUGAAUGUCCAAAUCAAAAUCGCUUGAUUUGCAAUGGCAGUAAAUAAAAUUAACUUAUAAUACCUGCAAAAUGGGUGUCCAUGCUAGGCAAAUUUACUCUUAUGUUUCUACCUCAAGCAUACUUAGAAAAGAACUUGUAGGCAACAAUUGGGUGCAUGUCUUCAUCAAGAAAUGCUUUGGCACCAGUCAAGAUAAUUGUUUUUCACUCCUACAUGCAUCUAAUAAUAUCAAAGAAUUGAAGAAAAUCCAUGCCCACAUACUUGUAAAUGGGUUUGAGCAAGAUAUCUUAUUGGAAACCAAAUUAGUUCAAAUGUAUAGCUUGAAUGGGAGUUUGGAAAGUGCAAGAUUAGUUUUCGAUAGAGUUUCAGUACGAAAUGUUGUUAUUUGGAAUGUUUUGAUUAGAGGUUACGUGAGGAAUGGACUCUGUGAGGAUGCAAUGGCUCUGUAUUCACAAAUGCUGCUCGAUGGCAUUCGUCCUGACAAGUUUACUUUCCCAUGUGUUCUCAAUGCAUGUACUGGUCUGUUGGCCCUGCAAAAUGGGAAGGAGGUGCAUGAGCACCUGAUAAGAAGUGGGCUUGAAUCUGAUGUCUAUGUAGCCAGUGCCCUUGUAGACAUGCACGCCAAAUGUGGUAGGUUGCAGGAUGCACGCCAAGUGUUUGACAAAAUGCCUCAAAGAGAUGUGGCUCUGUGGAAUGCAUUAAUCGGAGCUUAUGUGCAUAAUGGAUUCUGUGAGGAGGCUCUGAGAAUUUUUCCUGAAAUAGAAGUAACUGGAGAGAAGCCUGAUUCAGGCACGGUCACUAGUGUUCUCCCCGCAUGCUCCCGCUUAGGAGCUUUGUGGGAAGGCAGACAAGUCCAUGGUUUUAUUCUCAGAAAUGGAUUCGAAGAUGACGUAUUUGUGGGGAGUGCUCUUGUAGACAUGUAUGCAAAAUGUGGGAGUGUAGAUACAGCACGACUUGUAUUUGACAAGAUGACCAAAAGAAAUUCGGUGUCUUGGAACUCAUUGAUUGUGGGUUAUUUCUACAAUGAUUAUUAUGAUAAAUCUGUUGAGCUUUUCCGUCAAAUGCAGUUGACAGGGGUGACACUUGACUCCACAAGUAUAAGUUGUGUUUUGUCAGCCUGUGCUGUCUUGGCCAAUCUGCAAGUGGGCAAAGAGAUUCAUGGUUACCUCAUCAGAACUGAGUUUGAUACUAUCUCUACCAAGAAUGCCCUUAUGGACAUGUAUGCCAAAUGUAAGCAUACAGAAGGUGCAUUCCAAGUAUUCAAGAAUAUGCUGCUACGAGAUAUUGUGUCAUGGUGCACGAUGAUUGCAGGAUAUUCACAGAACGGGUUGUCUGAAGAGGCAUUAAAUCUCUUUUGUGAAAUACAAUUCGAAGGUAUAAAACCUGAUACAGAUACGGUUGCAAGUGUUCUUCCAGCAUGUGCUCAAAGUGGAGCUUUACAACAGGGUAGGGAGAUCCAUGGAUAUGCCAUUAGAAGUGGUUUAGAGACUGAUUUUGUAGUGUGUGGCCUUAUAGAUAUGUAUGCCAAAUGUGGUAGUAUUGAUGUUGCAAACCGGGUGUUCAUCAAAAUGUCAAAGAAAAAUAUGGUUCAAUGGAGUGCAAUGAUUUCAGGGUAUGCCCAGAAUGGGUAUAUGGAAGAAACUUUAAAACUGUUUUGUCGGAUGCAAAUGACAGGAGUAAAUCCUGACUCAGUCGCCAUUGUUAGUGCUAUCUCAGCAUGUGCUGGCUUAGCAGCUUUAGGGAAAGGCAAGGAGAUUCAUAGUUAUGUCCUCAGAAAUAGAUUUGAGGGUAAUAUUGUUGUGGGGAAUGGCCUCAUAGACAUGUAUGCCAAAUGUGGGAGUAUUCAAUCUGCAAAUCAAGUUUUUGGAAUGAUGUCCCAGAGAAAUGUAGUCUCAUGGAAUGUGAUGAUUGCAGGUCAUGGAACGCACGGACAAGCCGAGGAUGCCAUCUCGCUAUUUAAAAAACUGCAAGAGUUGGGUGUGAAACCAGAUGGCAUUACCUUUGUUGCUCUUCUGUCUGCAUGUAGCCAUUCUGGUCUUGUGGAUGAGGGGUGGCAAUACUUCAAUUGCAUGUCCCAAGAUCAUCACAUAUUACCUACAAUGGAGCAUUAUGCAUGCAUGGUUGACAUUCUUGGUCGUGCCGGGUGCCUGAAAGAAGCACUUGAUUUUAUCAAGAUGAUGCCCAUUAAAGCCAACAGUGGUGUGUGGGGUGCUUUGUUUGGUGCUUGUAGAAAUCAUCAUAAUGUAGAACUAGGGGAACAUGUAGUUGACCAUCUGUUUAAAUUGAAGUCGGAGAAUUCUGGAACAUAUGCACUAUUGUCGAAUAUUUAUGCUGCAUCUGGGAGGUGGGAUGACAAGGCACAUGUAAGAACAAUGAUGAAGGACCUGAGGGUAAAAAAGAUGCCAGGGUGCAGCUGGAUUGAAGUCAAGAACCAGGUUCAUGCCUUUAUUGUUGGAGAAGGUCCUACUUAUAGAUUGUAGAAAUUCAAUGCAAUUCUGAAGAGCCUGAUUGGCUAUACAUCUUAAAGGUCUUUGCACAAGAUGAUGUGGAAGAUCAAGAAAGGAAAGAGAUUGUUGUUCCAAGUCAAAUGUUGUCAUGCAUGGAAUUAUUAUUUGAUGUCACUUCAAAGUUGGACUGUGCUCUUCUGAAGACCAUGUUGAUAUAUCAUUUUCAAUUUCAAGAGAAAGGAGGCUACAGGCUCCUGCUCCUGCUCGUAAGAUUGAUUCAACCGAGACUUGGAUUUGAAAGGCUCUAAAGGGAGAUAUAACUGGCGAAGACACUGUAGCGGUGAGCAGAUGGUGGGAGUACACCACAUACUUUUCAGUCGACUCCACAGUCAAAAGUAGUUUCACCACUACUGGUAAAGAUUUGUAAAUUUGUUAAAAAUUUAAUAAUACAUUGGUUUCAAAAUAUCUUUUGUUAAUAUAUAUGUAUCAUUACUUGGUGUUUUAUAGGGCUUAUCAUGGGUUGAGAUGUCCCAAUUUGAUGAUAUCACGCUUUCGGCCAUUGACUUUGGCCUAGAUAGCUAUGCGGCACCAUUUAGAUUUAUAUAUUUUUUACUUAAGUGAUAUAUUAAAUACAUGCUCUUUUUCCUUAUGUUAAUUUUUUUCUGUUAGUUUACCCCGCCUGCCUCGAGGACGUCUCGUGUGAGAAAGCCAUCGUGUAGCACUCCGAGGCAGAAAAAGAUAUCCUCCCAGACACCCAAAUGAAAGAAGGUAAUUCCGUACAAUUUAAAUUCAUUUGUUGAAAUGUAUUGUGUUUCAACAUGUAUAUGUAGAUAUUGAUAAAUGCACUUAAUUUAUUUGUUCUAUAUACAAAAACAUAUGGGGUUUAUGGAAUUAAUAAAUUCACCUGAUGUCGAUGAGGUUUAGCAGAGGGAAGAUGUGAUAUCUUCAUAUUCACUUUGGAUUGCAUUCUUGCUUGUUCAAAAUAACUAAAUCCUUUUAUGUCUAUAUCAUAUGUUAUCACUUUUCAUACAGGAAAUGGUAAUAGUUGCAUUAGAUUCGACUAGGCCUCCUAAGGUUACACGAGAACUAUACAAGGCUUCGGUGUGCAUUUGUUCUACAUAUGUUAAAAAUAUUUGUUCUAUCUAGUUUGUCAACAACUUUGGGUUAUUAACUUGUGUAAUUGUCUUUAGCCUUUUACAACCCUAUUCCAAACUUCCUACUGAUGUUCUACAAUUCCAUUUCAUUAGAAGUCCUACUCAUAUAAUAUGGAAUCCAACACGACAAAGGAAAAAGGUAUGUCUGUCUUAGAUCAACUCCUUUUCACUAAGUGCACAAUGAAGUUGAAACCCUCUUGUUAACUCCUUUUGGAUCAUUUACCAUGGAUAUAGGAAAUGAUCAUAACUGAUUCAUCUGUGACUUUGCCUCCUACAACCAUAGCACAUCCAUCUGAGGCUAUGGUAUGCUUUAGUUUUUUAGCCUAUUCAUUUUUAGUUAUUAUGUGUUAUUUGACAUAUAUGUUAUUAACUUGUAUUAAUGUUGUUUUACCAGUUACAACCCCCUUCAGGACUUCCCACAGAUCCUCAGCCUCACCCAAUUGCAGAAGACAAAGAUGAGGUAAUCAACAUUUCAACUUCAAACAAUUUAGAGUUAAGUAUUUAGUUAUUUUGAUGUUAUAUUGAGAAAAUAUAUCUGAUUCAACAUUUGAAUUGUCCUUGUGCAACCACCUGUAGAGCCACGUACUGCUUCGAAGAGGCUUGAUUUUGAUGGUCCGCCACAGUCAUAGAUACCGAUAGAGACAUAUAGUUGUAGUUGUGGUCAUUGAAGGACCAAUUUUUUUAUAUAUUCGACAUUUGUAUAUGUAUAUAUCAACUUUGACAAGCAUGGCACAGGCCACUUUUUUGUAACUAUUAUUGAUUUGGCAUCUAUGCCAUUUUUUGAUAUGUACACGAUUAUUUUUCAUUUUGG